GCGUGCAUCACUGUCCAGGCCACAGAGAGUCUGCAGCUGCAAUAAUGUCCAUAUUGUGUCUGCAUGCACAUCUACAGCCUUUACCAACUCCAUAGCUGCACUCUCAGAGGGAAAACAAUCUGUAAGCAGUUACUGUUCUUGCAAGCUGCAACACAAGGUGAAGAAGCACUAAUGUCCGGCCGACAGACUGAGAGGAAUGGCAGGAGAAACCUUGGGAUCUGACUAGACUGGCUGUGUGUCGGAGGUUCACAGUGUGGAAAUAAUGUCGUACAGCAACAGAGAGCUGGUGGAGUUCUUCAUAAGCUACAAACUGUCUCAAAGUAACUGCCCAACCUCACUGCUGAGGCCAGAGGAUGCUGGUGGAAGGACUGAGGGAGACAAGGCCAACUCAGCUGCCAGUAAUGGCUUGUUGGUCAACAGCAGUGACAGGUGUGGUCAGCCCGGGACGUCCUCGCCCCCGCAUGGUGGCAUAGAGGCCGUAAAGUCAGCCCUUAAGGACUCUGCUGACGAAUUUGAAUUGCUCUUCAACCAAGCGUUUAGUGACCUUUCCACGCAGCUUGACAUCACUCCUGACACUGCAUACCACAGCUUUAAGAGUGUGAUGGAUGAGUUGUUCAAAGAUGGAGUCAACUGGGGACGUAUAGUGGGCCUAUUUGCCUUUGGGGGUGUACUGUGUGUGGAAUGCAUACAGAAGAAUAUGAGCGAGCUGGUUUCCCGUAUCACAGACUGGAUGACCAUGUACCUGGAUGAGCACAUCAGUCCGUGGAUCCAGAGCCAAGGAGGCUGGGACUGCUUUGCUGAGAUGUUUGGGCAAGACGCCGCUGCAGAAGCGAGGAGAUCUCGGGAAGCUGUGAUGAAGUGGCUGCUAGUUGGAGUGGCAAUGUUGGCAGGAGUGCUGAUGGGCGUGCUCAUCGUUAAGAAACAUUAAAGGUGCCUGCAUGUCGUUCACCACGGCACACCCUGUGUAAUGCUACGCCAACAGAAAUACAACUAAAUAGUUAAUGUUUACAAAAAGCCCAGUCUGCUUGUGCACUGACAGAAUGUGGAUCGGCUAAAGCAGUUUGUGGGAGUAUCCAUAACAUGUAGCUUGGUGAGCUGUUGUACCUCUCACCCCGCUUUGUCCUGUGUCUUUUAAUUUUUUUUAACACACAGCAGAGAUUUUGACUCGUUAAAGGCUGUUAACUUGCCAGACUGAAAGUGCUUUAAAUGAACCUGAUAAGCUAAAAAAAAAAACAGUGAAAAAGACUGAGGCGGUUUGAUGAGACUGCUUUUUUUUUUUUUCUUCGUGCGAUAUCCAAGGACCAAUUUUUAUGACUGACGAACUGACAGCAGACAGAAAAUAUAAGUUAUAAUUCCUAUUCACUGUGUAAUGCUCAGCUCCUUUUGUUGGCUGUACUGGAGUUAAG